AUAAAUUGCGCCAAAUUCGCGAUGUUUUGACCAAUUUGAUCGUGUUGAAGACAAGAAGUUCACAAGAAGUUUGCAAACACUUUAAGCACUAAGCUUAAUCACUUCGCUUUGGUCUUUUUGCUCUUUUGGUAUAUUUGUGGCGUUUGUGGAGUCGUUUUGAGUGGAGGGAGAAAGCGCACUGACUCGCUAUCAAUUAGAUAAUUUGCUCUUGUCGCGGACUUUCGCAGUUUUCUAUGACUUGCCGGAAAGUCUAGAAGUGAUCGCGCGGAACUGUGCUCAGAAUGAAGGUGAAUCCUGACCUGGCGUACGAGCGACGAGGCGCGGGCAUAAACUCUGAGGAGUUCGCCGUGUACUGGAACGGAGGCAAUGACAAGUUGCGCGAGAAGCGCUGGAGAGAGAAUUACUACCUUCGCGAUGGCUAUGAGGAGAAGUUCACCGUCCCGGACAGCUAUCUCAGCCACAAGGAGCUGUACGAGCGAGGCGUGGAGCGCACGGUGCACAGAUUCCAGAAGUACAGGGAUUUGCUGGCCUCCGGACGCUACGGAAAUGGAAACUUUUACGAUAAUAUGCUCUUGAUGGUGGAAUCUGAAGUGACUUCUCCUCUGUCGCCCGUGACAACGCACCUGUCCAUGUUUGUGCCCACAAUCCUGGGCCAGGGAACGCCCGAGCAGCAGGAGAAGUGGGCAGAGAAGGCGGCCAAUUGCAAUAUAAUCGGGACUUAUGCCCAGACGGAAUUGGGUCAUGGAACCUUUGUUCGGGGCAUCGGAACCAGGGCGGAUUAUGAUCCGCAGACGAGGGAGUUUGUCCUGAACACACCCUCUCUGGCGGCGUACAAGUUCUGGCCAGGAGGAAUGGGACUCACGGGUAAUUAUGCCGUAGUCAUCGCCCAGCUGUACACCCAGGGCAAAUGUCACGGAGUUCAGUCGUUCAUUGUCCAGCUGCGUGAUGAAGAUACGCACAUGCCACUUCCGGGUGUGAUUGUGGGUGAAAUUGGACCCAAACUGGGCAUGAACUGUGUCAAUCAGGGCUUCCUGGCAUUCAAGAAUGUCCGCAUUCCACGCGGCAACAUGCUGAUGAAGAAUGCGCAGGUGCUGGAGGAUGGAACCUUCGUCAAGUCACCCAUGUCUGUGCUGACUUACGGCACGAUGGUGUACGUGAGAGUGCUGAUUGUCGAGGACGCGUCCAACAAUCUCGCCAAGGCGGCGACAAUUGCCACGAGAUAUUCAGCAGUGAGGCGACAGAGUCCCAUUGAUCCCAGCGAGAAGGAACCACAGAUCAUCGAUCAUGUGACGCAGCAAUACAAAAUCUUCCCACAAAUCGCCAAGAGUGUCAUCUUCAAGAUGAGCGCCAAGGCACUCCUGGAAAUGUACCAGCAAGUCUUGCAGGAUCUCGACACGGGGAAGUUCGAUAGUUUGGCUGAUCUUCACGCAUUAUCUUGCUGCCUGAAGGCCCUCAUAUCACAAGAGACUUCCCAGGGAAUCGAGAUUUGCCGUCUGUCCUGUGGCGGUCAUGGAUAUCUUCAGUGUUCAGGCUUUCCCACGCUCUACGGAUACACCACGGCAGCAGCAACUUAUGAGGGCGAACACGUGAUUCUUCUGCUCCAGACAGCGCGAUUCCUCAUGAAGGCCGCCAAGAAUCCCGACAUGUCAGCUACUGUGGAGUAUCUCAAGCGCUUCCCUGAUCGUUCAUUCCUGGCCACUUGGGACGGAAGCAUUGGAGGGAUUGUUGAGGCUUUUGAAGCUGUGGCAGCGGCUAAAAUCCGCACUGCAGCUCAGAGCAUUGAUCGUCGCUUGGGAGAAGGGAAGAAGUCUGGCCAGGCGUCCAAUGAAUCCUCCAUCGAACUCGUGGCCGCCGCCGAUGCUCACUGUCGAGCCUUCAUCCUGCGCGCCGGCCACGAAGCCAUGCAGAAGAUCAGCGGCAAAGUGUCGCCGGCGCUGGCGUCUGUGCUGCGCGAUCUGCUGGAGCUGUACGCCGUGGACGCGGCCCAGAAGGCGCUCGGGGAUCUCCUGCGCUUCACCACGAUCUCCGAGGCGAACGUGGAGCAGCUGCAGAAGCGCCUGGAGGGCGUCCUGAGUCGCCUGCGGCCCAACGCCGUGGCGCUCGUGGACGGAUUCGACUUCCCGGACGAGGUUUUGCGCUCGGCGCUGGGCGCCUUCGACGGGAACGUUUACGAACACAUCUACGAAGACGCCAUGAAGAGUCCGCUGAACCAGGAACCCGUCAACGCCACUUUCCACAAGUACCUCAAGCCAUUCAUGAAGGCGGGCAAAUCUAAGCUUUAA